CCUACAGGUAUGCUGACUCAGCAGGGAUAAUAUUAAAAAUUAAAAUCAAAUUAUUUGACGGCAAUAGGAAAACAUCCCACAAGAGCCUCUCUGCGUUAUAUAGUUUUUCUUUACAUAAAGACUUUUCCACCAUGAGAAAGUGUGAAUUAAGUGCUCACAUGAAACCUACUCAGUUAGUACUUCGUGUUAACAAAUGCAACUCUCUUGGCUUUGUGCCGAAGCUACACUGCCAUCAAGUGUUCAGAGUGGGGACAUGAUUCUUACACAAUCACAGGGGGGGAAAGGUACACGAUAUUAGAUUUGCAGUCUUUGCUUAAAAAAACAAACUUGGAUACGAUGUGUUUAUCACUGGUUCGGGAUUAUCAGAUCAGAUUGAAAUAAGUGCAGAAUAUCCUCAUUUUCCAUAUUAAAAACAAAACAAAAAAAGAAUCUCUUUGCUGUGAUACUGCUGGUUUUAUGCUUCUUGCUGGUUUCUGGCUGGUGGGUGCGCUGAAGUUGUUAUUAACAUAAAUGUGAAGCUCUGAUGAUUUCCUCACCCCCACCCGUGCCACUACUGAGAACUGCAAUCAGCAGUAACACCAGGCAGAGGAUCUCGUGUCCUGUGAUUGUAAUGGGAGUUGAAGUCCGCAGCUCCACCGUGUCAGUUGAGAAGCUGUGUACUCAUGAACUGCAUCUCCCGCGACUCAGCGAGUGUCACUAAUUUUACUCUGGUUGCACAUGGUUCAAGAGAUGUUGUGAAAGUCUUGCACCUGCUCAUCAGUAUCGACAGACUGAUGCACAGCUCCUGUCCCGCAUGAGGUAGCAGAGCCAUCGAGUUCAUUUCAGAAGACUCAGCAAAGCUUCCUAUCGUCAUGGACAAACAGCCCAGGGUGGUGUUUCGAAAUGUGGGGCAAGUGUACUUCCCCCAAACCAGGGUGGAGUGCCACUACAGUCUGACCUCAGACCAUCAGUGGAGCAAUAGUGACUGGAUAGGAAUUUUUGAGAUGGGAUGGACUUCAGUCAAACAGUAUUACACAUACACAUGGGCUACUGUUCCUGAAGGCUACACAGAGGGAACCAGUGUUGACUUCUGUGCAGUUUUCCAGGCAUCAUACCUGCCCCGCCCCGGUACUGUAGAGUACCAAUUUGUGUAUGUGGACAAGAUAGGAGAGGUGUGUGCCCGUAGUCGUCCCUUCACUUUCUGUGCACCCAAGCCGCUGGAGGAGCUUGAGACCCUGAAAGAAGAAGAAGAUGCAGAGGAUGGAGAAGAAGAGCUGCUCUUAGUCAUUCCCAGAGCUCAGCUGCUGCAGAGUCGGCUGGAGGAGUGCUUAAAAACGCAAGGAGGUCUGCAGCAAGCGUUGGAUGUAGCGAAAAAGGAGACGGAGAAUGAGAAAGAAAACAGCAGAAAAGCAAGAAGUGAAUGGGAAUAUGAAAGAGAAGCAAUGAAGGAGGAGAUCAUGGAGCUCAGAGACAACCUGAGACACAGCCACGAGAUGCUGAAGACAAUCGAGGAUGCGAAAUACAGUCAAGAAAGUCUGGCCUCUGAGCUGAGUAAACUUGCGACUGAAAAAGCUGAAAGAGAGCAGCGCAUCAAAGACCUGGAGGAGGAUGUCGAGAUUCUGGCUGAGCGAGAGAAAGAGCAAAACAGGGAACUGGAAAGGCUGAAAGAAAGAGUGAAGAAAAUGUCCUGUCAAAUGAAGCACGAUGAGGAGAAGAGGAAGUCUCUGCAGAUGGAAAAUGAGGAUGCUCUGGCCGAGGCACGACUGCUCCAGGAACGUCUCGAGGCCAGCGACCACGUGGCAGAAGGCCUGCGUAGGGAGCUGAGGGACCUGAGCACCCGACAGGGUCACACCCACACUGACCUGCACCAAGCCCGACUCCAAGUGGCCCAGCUCACUCUGCAGCUGUCUGAGGAGAACCUCCUCCUGAGGGAGGAGAGGGCCAACUGGGCUUUGGAGAGAGAGGCAUACAGACAUGCAGCAGAAACUGACAAAAAGAAGCUGCAAGAUCUUGCCUGCGAGGUGCAGAAGAAGGAAGAGUGGCUCCAGGAGGAGAGGAUGGAGAGGGAGAAACUAGAAGUGCAGCUCGGGAGAGAGAAAGACUACAAUAAAGUGCUGCUGGGUGAGGCGAAGCGUGAGCUGCAGGAGCUGAGGACCAGUUUGAGAAAGGUCCAGAAAGAAAGGGAGGAGGAACAGCUUCAAAACCAGGAUUUGGUGAACUGCAUCCAUCAGUUAGAGCAGAGAUUAGGGAUUGUGUCAGUAGAUGAAGCAAGCAGUACAGCUCCCACGUGCAUAUCUCCUGGCUCUACCCCUGCGAGUGAUGAGAGUGCUUCCUCAGCUUCCUCCAGGUCAGUCUUUGCACCUGUUUCCUCGUCCAAUGACCUGAAGCAGCCCGACAGAGCUGAGAUCCCUCCUGAGAUACAGAUCCAGAGCGAGGAAGAAGACACACCAGCCUCUGACACACAGGAUGAGGAAAGGGAGCAGCGUGAACCCUCCGCUGCUGAAAGAAAGAAACUGAUCCUACCAGAGCUCAUCAACCCCGUCUUCAGUGAGCUGGCUGACUCCCCCAUGUGGUAACACAGGGAUGGAUGGCAGGUUUCCCGUGUACCACUGCGGUAUUAUUUUAUAUGGGUCAUAAGAACACUUGAGACCUAUAUAAAGUCCCCGUCACAAAGGGUAUUGUGCUUUUACCUCAAGAGUGUCUUUUAGGAAUUUGCAAGUCUUAAGUGGGCUAAUUUUCGCCGUUGUUUUAUGCUGUUUGUGGUUUUAAUUCUGAUUCAAACUUAAGUGACACUCAGGAUGAAUUUUAAGUGCAAAUUGAAUUUUUGCUUUCCGAACUUUUAGAUGAAGAUUCAUAUUUUUGAACUUUUAUUUCAUUAUUAGGUGUCUGUGUCACAGCUGUUAUGAGAUAUCAGUUGCACACAUAGCCCCCCACCCCCCGGGCUCUGCAUGUGAGUGCGACUGCACAAAGUGUGUCAAGUGUGUGGGUGUGGGUCACAGUCAAGUGCGAAAUGCUUUGCUCCUGGCUCGUUUGGUGCAGUUCAGGUAAAAGUUUGUUAUUCAAUGGUGCUCUUUAAUAAAACAUAAUAAUGACUACCAGGUGAGUGCUGUGCCUAAACGUCAUUAUUUCACCGUGACAUUUGAUGAUUUUUCCUAAAGUGACCCAGAAAUGUGCAAAAAUGUUCUUUGAAAAUUUAAUACCAUUGUUCAGAAAUGGUUGUACACCGAUGCUGUUCCAGGUCAUAUUUGACCCGUAUCUCUUCAGAUAGAUUUCAAGGUAGCACUUUAUAAUAGUGUCACAGUAUUAAGUAUAAGUAUUAGUAAGCACUUAA